CAACUGCCAUUAACAACACCUAAGAAAGCAGCGGCGUGGACAACAAAUGGUUAAAGUGGACUUUUUAUCUCAUUUAAAAACACAAUCCAGCAGACGUUAUCGCGGACUCAUCUCCCAUGAGGUUCCUCCAGUCGUCCUAUCAACUUGUCGGACGGCCUCGGUCUCGCGCUACUUCUUUUUGAAGGGCUCUCCCUGUGGGUGUCACACAGGUCUGAUGCUGCCGCUGCAGCUGCUGCUUCCUGUAUCGAGGCACUACCGCGGAACCAAAGCCCUUUUUUUUCCGCUUCAGAGCCCCCCGAACAGAAAUACGCCAGGAAUCUGUUGCUCGGACGCAGCCCGUCCUGCGGAAGGGAAGCAAACCCGAGUCGGUCUCCCGGUGUUCGCUGCCGGUAAAACCCGCUGCAUCCCCGUUUUUCUUGCGUAAAGCUGAGAAACGAAGGGGGCUCGCAAGAGACGCAGGGGCACGGUUUUUUUUUCUUCUUCCUCUCCUGGUGCUAGCUAGUAGCGGCUAGUAGCAGCUAAUGGCUAGUAUCUAGCAGGUAGACAAACCUAGAACGAAGCAGGAACAAAUAAUAUAAAUGUGUUCACUCGGACAGCUGUAGAUGCACCGGAAGCCCACCUGUAUUUUAUAGAUCACCUCGAGUUUUGAACGAGGUAAGAGAGUAGCAGCUUUGUAGCUCACUUCCACGCCAGUGCUUUAUUGUAGAAAAGUCCUUUUCGGGUUAUUAUUGAAAAUGGCUCCGAAAAGAAGACCAGUUCCCCUGAACAUAACGCCCAUCGGGGAGGGACAGGCCACCUCCAACUCCAUCGAUGCUGCAUCCGAAGCCAACCUCGAGGCCUUACAGAAGAAACUGGGCGAGCUGGACCUGGACGAGCAACAGAGGAAACGACUGGAGGCCUUCCUGACCCAGAAAGCCCAGGUCGGGGAGCUGAAGGAUGAGGAUUUUGACCCCAUAUGCGAGCUGGGUGCUGGGAACGGGGGAGUGGUCAACAAGGUCCGCCACAAACCCUCAGGGCUGGUCAUGGCCCGGAAGUUGAUCCACCUCGAAAUCAAACCGGCCAUCAGAAACCAGAUUAUCAGAGAGCUGCAGGUGCUGCAUGAAUGCAACUCUCCCUACAUUGUGGGCUUUUACGGGGCCUUUUACAGCGAUGGGGAGAUCAGCAUCUGUAUGGAACACAUGGAUGGUGGAUCCUUGGACCAGGUCUUGAAGGAAGCCAGAAGAAUUCCAGAAGAAAUCCUGGGGAAAGUUAGCAUUGCUGUAUUGAGGGGAUUAGCCUACCUACGGGAGAAGCAUCAGAUCAUGCACAGAGAUGUCAAGCCCUCCAACAUCCUGGUCAACUCUCGCGGGGAGAUCAAGCUGUGCGACUUUGGUGUGAGCGGGCAGCUCAUAGAUUCCAUGGCCAACUCCUUUGUUGGAACACGCUCCUACAUGUCGCCGGAGAGACUGCAGGGCACUCACUACUCUGUUCAGUCUGACGUGUGGAGCAUGGGUCUGUCCCUGGUGGAGCUGGCGAUUGGCCGCUACCCCAUCCCCCCACCAGACGCCAAAGAGCUGGAGUCCAUCUUUGGACGGGCCAUCAUGGACGGUGCCGAGGGAGAGCCUCACACCAACAUGCAGAGGCCCAGACCACCAGGCAGACCCGUGAGCGGGCAUGGGAUGGACAGUAGACCUGCCAUGGCCAUCUUUGAGCUUUUGGACUACAUUGUGAAUGAGCCUCCUCCUAAACUGCCACUUGGGGUCUACACCAAUGACUUCCAGGACUUUGUGACAAAAUGUUUGAUCAAAAACCCAGCUGAGAGGGCCGAUCUGAAGAUGUUGAUGAGUCACACGUUCAUCAAACGAUCAGAAGUGGAGGAAGUGGACUUUGCCGGCUGGUUGUGCAAAACCAUGGGCCUCAACCAGCCCAGCACUCCCACCCGCGGCACUGAGUGAAAAGGCCCUGACACACACACACACACACACACACCUACCUGGGUCUUGCUUGCAUACACAUAAAUAUACUGCACAUACACGUACACAAGCCAUCACACACAUUGGCACUUUUUUUUUUUCCCAUCUUGCUCUUGGGUACGGUAUUGUCCCCCACCUUCCCCCACCUUCCCCCGCCCAGCCCAUUUAUUUCUUCACCAGCAGCAGAGCCCUUUGAGUCGUUGUACAGUGAGAACACAGCUUCACCGUGCCAUGUGUCGAGAGUAGCCACCGCUCACUUUUCCACACUGCUCCAGAGGAUGUAAAGCACUGAAGGGCUGCUCGUGUGUCAGCAGAAUUUGGAUCGAUUGACAAACUUCUUUUUGUAUCGUCGAUUUGUCGAGUAUACAAAUAUUCUGUAUUAAUCUUUUUGUAUGGCAACAGUUGAUGGCUUUCGGGACUUGUAUUUUAAUAAAGUACCUGCUGUGGAAA